CGGAACACUGUGAGGGAAAGAGAGAGAGAGAGAGAGAGCGCUAACCGUUCAACCCCAUGGCUACGGCCGAAACGGGCGGCGAUCGUCCGUGCGACCACACCCUGGACCUCCCCGAUGACUGCCUGAUCGUUGUAUUCAACUUCCUCGGCACCGGCGACCGCAACCGCUGCUCCCUCGUUUGCCGCCGUUGGCUCGUCGUCGAGGCUCGCAGCCGCCGCCGUCUCUCCCUAGACGCCCGGGCGCCCCUCCUGGAGGCCGCCCCCGGUCUCUUGGCUCGCUUCGACGCCGUCUCCAGCCUCGCCCUCCGCUGCGACCGCCGCUCUGAGAGCAUCGGGGACGACGCCCUCGACCUCAUCGGCCGCUGCUGCUCUGCCCUCGCCCGCUUCAAGCUCCGUGCCUGCCGUCGCGUCACCGAUCUCGGCGUAUCCGCUCUCGCUGGCUACUGCCCGGCCCUCCGCCGCUUCUCCUGCGCCUCCUGCUCCUUCGGCCCCGCCGGCAUCGAAGCCAUCCUCCGCGGCUGCCCCUUCCUCGAGGACCUCUCCGUUAAGCGCCUGCGCGGCCUCGCCAACGCCGCACCCGAGGCCCUCGGUCUCCCGGCCUCCUCCUCCGCCCUCCGCUCCAUCUGCCUCAAGGAGCUCUACAACGCCCAGCUCUUCACCCCGCUCAUCGCCAGCUCCCCCAAUCUCAGAACCCUCAAGAUCAUCCGCUGCUCCGGCGAAUGGGACCUCCUCCUCGUGGAGAUCGCUGGACGGGUCCCCCAGAUUGCCGAGGUCCACCUCGAGAAGCUCCAGGUCAGCGACCGCGGCCUCCUUGCCCUCUCCUCCUGCCUGGCUCUCGAAGUGCUCCACCUCGUCAAGACCCCCGAAUGCACCGACGCCGGGGUUGCCGCUGUCGCUGAAAGAUGUCGCCUCCUCCGUAAGAUCCACAUCGACGGGUGGAGGAUGAACCGGAUUGGCGAUUAUGGUCUCAUGGCCAUCGCGAGGGGCUGCCCCGAAUUGCAGGAACUCGUCCUGAUCGGGAUCAGUCCGACGGGAGCGAGCAUGGAUCACAUUGCGAGCAGCUGCCGCGGUCUUGAGCGCCUGGCACUAUGUGGCUGUGAGACCAUUGGCGAUGCCGAGAUCGCUUGCAUCGCUGCCAAGUGCACAGCUCUGAAGAAGCUGUGCAUCAAAGGGUGCCCGGUCUCAGACCGUGGCUUGGAGGCACUCGCCGAGGGGAGCCCUAGCUUGAUCAAGGUAAAGCUGAAGAGGUGCCGGGGGGUGACGCUGGAGGGCGUAGAGUGGUUAAUGGCCGCCAGGGGAGGGCCGCUAACUGUCAGCUUGGAUGCAGUCGAGCUCCAGGAGCCGCAUGUGAGCAUGUGCGAGACUGGGAUUCAGGAAAGUGGGAUCGAGGAGCUCGCUGCUCUCACGGAUGACAUUGCGACGUUAGAUCUUCCUUCAAGCAGUAAUGAUCAACCCACACUGUCAAAAUCGCGGGUUAGGAGCUUCUUGGCAUCUGCUGUCAGAAAAUGGUCGAGUGGGGGUGGCAAUUCUCACUAGCCAUGAAAGAAAUGAGCAGGAUGUGAACAUGACUGAAAGCGGGAUGGAGGAAAACGAGGUAGAGGAGAUUUGCAAAUGUGCUCCCUUCGAGCAAUGAGGAAUUCCUUAGCAUCCACUCUCAGGAAAUUGUCGGGCAGGAGCGGUGAUUCUCAUGAGCCAUGAAAGAGAAGAUCUCUUUUGCUGCUUGUGUUGAUCUUCAGCUAUCCAUGCAUCUAUUGGUGACUCGAUUAAAUUUUUCAUGACAAUGAUAGUAUUGUUGUUGUGCCUAUUGCUGGUUUUUAUCUGUAUAUUUCUUUUCUUUGGAAUGAUAUGUUGUCAUUUGUCUGUUUAGGAUGUGUUACAUGAAUCUUUAGUUGAGCCCAUUGAUCUUUAUGUACAACUUGUUCCAUUC